UCAGAGUUUUCGCUCGUUAUUCAUUCCAUCAAAAUGUUUGCACAAACCAGUUUCAUUCUUUUAGUUGGCCUUGCUUUAUGCAGCGCCAAUGGUGGUAGAUUUCCAAGGGAUUGCUUCAGACCUAAUGAAGCCUACUCCUGCGGCAGCGCCUGUCAAACAACAUGCUUAAACUACAAUGAAACUUGCCCAAUUAUCAAUAUUAUGUGCAACGAUAUGUGUUAUUGCAUCUCAGGUUAUGCUAGAGAUCAAACUGGUUCUUGUAUUCCCUACGAGAAAUGCGAAGAAAGAUUGAGUGGAAUUUGCGGAGAGAACGAAGAACUUCGUGUUGAUACCCAUUUGAACAAUGAAUGCCAUGCUAUAGCUUGGGAUCAGUAUCUUAGACAAGAACACGUUGAAGGAUGUUAUUGCAUCAAAGGAUACAAGAAGGAUUCAACUGGCAAAUGCAUUCCUCAAGAGCAGUGCACUCCCAUACCAGACAGCACCACCACAACUCGUGCCCCUCCUGUAUAAGCAAUUAUAUUCAAAGAUAAUCAAAUACACUAUUAAACUUUA